AUGGGAAAGAUGACCAAAUCUGGAGAGAGGCCAAAACAGAGACAGAGGAAAGGGUUAUGGUCACCUGAAGAAGACCAGAAGCUCAAGAGUUUCAUCGUCUCUCAAGGCCAUGCUUGCUGGACCACUGUUCCUAUCCUAGCUGGAUUGCAAAGAAAUGGGAAAAGCUGCCGAUUAAGGUGGAUUAACUACCUAAGGCCAGGAUUAAAGAGAGGAACGUUUAGUGCAGAAGAAGAAGACACCAUCUUGACUUUACAUUCUUCCUUGGGAAACAAGUGGUCGCGGAUUGCGAAAUACUUACCGGGAAGAACAGACAAUGAGAUUAAGAACUAUUGGCACUCUUAUCUGAAGAAGAGAUGGCUCAAAUCUCAACCACAGCUCAAAACUCAGAGAUCAAACCUCACAGAAUCUUCUUCUUCAUCACUACUUUCUUGCGAGAAUAGAAAUCUGGAAAGACUAGAUCACGUGAUCUCCUUCCAGAAAGUUGCAGAGAAACCAUAUUCAUCACCAUCGCAAGAGAGCAACAAAAACAUGAUGAGCGACAGCAACAAGUUGCCUAAGCUAUUUUUCUCCGAGUGGAUUGGUUCUUCAGAUCCAUACGUUGAUUACUCCUCCGCUUUUAAAGAUUCCAUGCACAUUAAUCAAAAUCAAGAUCGAAUUGAGGACGAAGAACUGAUGAUGAUUAACAAGAGCUACUCUUCAGUACUUGAGAGUGAUGUCAUGUUCCAUACAGAGUUUCAGCAGCCUGAUCAUGAGUAUGCGAAUUAUUAUUCUUCUGGGGAAUUCUUCAUCAACAACGACGUAAAUUACAUCUAA